CCUCUUACCGUUUCCGAGAUCCCUGUAGUGAGAAGCGAAUUUGUAACAGCGUGUAUUGUAAAUUUCCAAACAGCUCCUUUUUUUUUCAUUUAAAGACAGUGAAACAUGGAUUUUCGAAAAUGUUUUAUUACAUCCUGUAAAAAUACAAAUUUCAAUUCGAAGAAAAUUUUCAUAGCUGUUCCUAGCAAUGGAACAAUUAGAAAAAAUUGGUGUUUGGCUGUGGACAGAAGAAAUAUUCUAUCAAGCACUUCAAGAAUUUAUUGCUGCGAAGACCACUUUAACAUGGAACAAGAUUGCGAAAAUUGGAUAAAGUUCAAAUUGAUGAAUUGCUCGAUAAGAAUGAAGAAGGACGCAGUUCCCCAUCUCAAUUUAUAUGUCCAAGAACCACUAAAUGAGAAGCAAUUACAAUGUCUCCCUGCCAAAAAGAAAAAAAAAUCAGAAUUUCUGGAGCCAAAUUUGCAAGUAAUUACAGAAACUCCUUUCAGUCACAUUCAACAGAGCCAUAAAGCUGUUCAAGUGCAUAUUAAAGCAGUAACGGAAGAUAAAGGUAUUCAAGUGGAAAUUAAAAAAAAGACGAGAUCAUCUGGAGUAAACACAAUAUCAGUGACCAGUUCUGUUGCAACAUCACCAUUAAAAUUACCACAUGAAGUGCCAUCAGGAAAAAGCGGUUCUCCGUUAAUUUCUAUUACAUCUUCCUCUUCAACUCAGUCACAUGUUACAUCUGACAUCUGACUAUGAAGUAGAAGAAUCAAUGGAUUCAUGAAAAUAGUCAAAAAAUGAAAGUGCUUAUCUAAAGGCGAUAUCGUACGCACCUGGGGUCGCUGAACAAGCUGGGACGGUCUGUUUUUGGGCAAGUCAUUCCAUUAUGGAAAAAAAUCGAAAAUCUCUAAAAAAUUAAUGAGCUAAAGAUGAACUGAAUUCAGUUUUGGAUCGGUCAGGACUGUUAUUGUCUACCGGAAUUAUUUCAGAUUUUUCUGAACAUUAAAAAUUUUUGGGAAAAUCGAUACUGUAGUGCAUCGAUUUUCUUAAAAAUUUUUUCCCUGAAAAUAGUCAAAAAAUUAAAGUGCUCAUCUAAAAAAGG